AUGCUCCCUAAACAAGUGGUACUCGUCGCUCUCCUCGUCGCCUCUGCCUGUGCCCAAUAUGGUGUCGCUGGUAUGUACGAGAACCUUCCACUCGAGAGCACAACUCCAGAAGCUUCUGGUGACGGAUCCGGUAACGAUAACGGAUAUGCAUCAGGUGCCGACGCUGUCGCAAUCGAUACGGACUGUUCAACCAAGGAAGAUGGUCUCUACGCAAUUGGCGGAUGCUCUCCACAGUUUUUGACUUGUUCUGGAGGAAUCUCUAGAAUCAUGGACUGCCCAGCAAACCUGAUCUACGACCAGCGAAUCGUCGCUUGCGAGUACUCUGACAACGUUCCAGAGUGCGGUGGAACCCCACAAGAAGUCACUACAACGGAAGCUUAUGCUACUCAAGAGACAACUGAGGCCUCCACUAUUCCAGCUGAGACCACAACCGUAUACAUCCCAAUCGUCCCAGCUGUCACUACCGCUGCUCCUAUCGUCGAACCAGUCACUCGCACAGCCAUCGACAGAACUUGCCAAGGCAAACCAGACGGAUUCUACUCAUUCGGACAGUGCAGCGACCACUACAUCGCCUGCUCCAACGGAUACACCAUCCCAAUGCAAUGUCCAGCUAGACUCGCUUUCGACGAGGCUCGUGUCAUUUGUGACUACGUUUUGAAUGUUCCAGAGUGCCAAAAUGGUUCAGGAGACGAUCAGGAUUCGGGAUCCGGUGAUGAGGAGACCACCACUGAGGAAGCUUCAGGAGAGCUCCCAUACAGCAAUGGAUACGGAUACGAGGAGACCACCACGGCGGCUGUUGAGGAAACUACAGAGUCUACCGAUGGGUAUGAUGUUGAGCGUUCCGCUGCGGCCUACAACGCUCCAUACGAGUCUACCACCGCUGCUGAUGUCCCAUCCACCACUGUUGAGGUCACUACCGAGCAAGUCUACGAGACCACCACUCCAGAGGAGACUACCACUGAACAAUACUACGAGACGAGCACUACAGAGGAAGUCUAUGAGACCACUACCGUUCCAGAGGAGGUCACCACUGAGCAGGUUUACGAGACCACGACUCCAGAAGAGGUUACAACCGAGCAAGUCUAUGAGACCACGACUCCAGAGGAAGUGACCACUGAGCAAGCUUAUGAGACCACUAGCGAGUCUGUUCCAUCUUGCAUCGAGGGAGCCACAGCCAUCGAGCCAUGCUCUCAACACUACCGUAACUGUGUCAACGGACAGGAGACUAUCUUCAUCUGCGAGUCGGGACUCUUCUUCUCGCCAGAACUAGCUCGUUGCACAACCACUGAUCAAAUCGCCGAGUGCCACCAGAAGCCCGUCUACUACUAA